AUGGACCUCGCUUUGGAGUCGCCGACGUGGUCAUCCAAGCGACUCGUCGGUGCUAGUGAGGAGAGGAGAAUGUCAAAACGAAUCCGAGACCGACUCGCACUGUCCUCCUUGACGCAACCACAAGCUCUUUUCCCCAAUAGCGAGGAGUGCCGGGCGACUUUGCGUACAGUUCGUCAGUGUUGGAGCAUUGCAACAGGCUGA